CACACUCGGAGGUGAAGCUCCUGAGGGAUAGAAGCCCACGGCACGAAGUCAGUGAAACAUGUAUAAGUAGCCGUACGAAGUCCUACUCAGAAAUCAUCGAACACCGACUACUCAGCUCAGGUGGUCAACCUUCUCUCGCCUCAUUAUUACCACUGAUAUCUUUAUCAAGCAUGCUUUCCAAACUUGUUCGAGCCACAUUGGCUCUCACGCUCACUUCGUCCUGUGUCGUCCAGGCUCAGUUCGUCACCCAAAUCCCGGCGGCCGAAGCUUCUGCGAUAGCGGGAAUCGUCGAAGACGAUCCUGCCAAUGAUCCCCAAUUCAGGAAAAUUGGAAGUCCUGCAUACACCCUGUACUCCGCAGCUCUUCCAAUCCCGGAGGUGGCCACACCAAAGUAUAAAAUCACCAAUCCUGUUACGCAAAAGGAGAUCUGGUAUUAUGAGUUCGAGAUCAAGCCAUUCACUCAGCAAGUCUACCCCAAGCUCAAGCCUGCUCGGCUUGUGGGCUACGAUGGAAAGUCUCCUGGGCCAACCAUUAUCAUUCCAAAGGGCACCGAGUCCGUCGUACGAUUCGUGAACAACGCCGACAGAGAGAAUUCGGUCCAUCUGCACGGAUCUCCAAGCAGAGCUCCCUUCGAUGGGUGGGCCGCUGAUUUGACCAACCGUGGCGAGUACAAGGAUUACUAUUAUCCAAACUAUCAAUCCGCUCGCUUUCUCUGGUAUCACGACCACGCUAUCCACUGGACAGCGGAGAACGCCUACUUUGGCCAGGCUGGUGCUUAUCUCAUCACUGACCCCGAGGAGGACCAACUUGGGCUUCCUUCCGGAUAUGGGAAGCAGGACAUCCCCCUCGUGCUCUCAUCCAAGCAAUAUAACUCGGAUGGUACUCUGUUCUCUACUCAGGGAGAAACUAAGUCGCUGUGGGGUGAUGUGAUCCACGUGAAUGGUCAACCGUGGCCAUUCCACAACGUCGAGCCUCGCAAGUACCGCUUCCGAUUCCUGAAUGCAGCCGUCUCUCGUAACUUCGACUUGUUCUUUGUCACUUCGACGGCUACUAACACUAGGAUCCCAUUCAAAGUCAUAGCUUCUGACGCUGGACUCCUUGAGGCACCGAUCCAAGUCAGUGACCUGAAGGUCGCUGCCGCCGAACGCUAUGAAGUUGUCUUCGACUUCUCGCAGUACGCUGGCAAGACCCUGUAUCUCCGUAACGAUGAGGAUGCUGGCGGAAUUGGUGUCGACGAGGCAUACGACAAUACCAAUCAGGUCAUGAAGUUCGUCGUUAGCAGCACACCUGUGACCGAUACCUCGGUGGUGCCGUCAACCCUACGAACCGUUCCAUUCCCUCCCGCUGGUCACACCAGUAUUGAUCAUGCAUUCCGUUUCCACCGUUCUGGUGGCGAGUGGAAGAUUAAUGAUGUUGGUUUUGCCGAUGCCGCCAACCGUGUGCUUGCGAAAGUUCCACGAGGCAAAGUUGAGAUCUGGGAGCUUGAGAACAACUCCGGAGGCUGGACCCAUCCCAUUCACGUCCACCUCGUUGACUUCAGGGUUAUCCAACGCAAUGGUCGAGGAGUUGAGCCUUAUGAAUCUGCCGGCUUGAAGGACGUCGUUUGGCUCGGCGUUAACGAAGUUGUGCUGGUUGAAGCUCACUACGCUCCCUGGAAUGGUGUUUACAUGUUCCACUGCCACAACCUCAUCCACGAGGAUCAGGAUGCAAGUUCUAUGAUGGCCGCCUUCAAUGCCACCCAGCUCACUGACUUCGGCUAUGACGAGGUCACCGACUAUGGUGACCCAGAAGAUCCGCGCUGGUCUGCGAGACCCUAUGUCUACACAGACUUCCAGCAGGGCACCGGUCCAUUCAGCGAACAGUCUGUCACCGACCGCGUCCAGGAGAUUGCCCGGGAGCAGCCAUACAGCGAGCUUGCCGAGGUGGAAGCGGCUCUUGAUGUAGCCUGGGCUGAUGGAACAGCACAAAAGCGCAGCGGGGUCAUUCCACGUUUCAGGCGCUUCAUCAUGUAAAGAGCGCUCCCAUCGCCCUUUACACGCAGUCCCACGCGACUAGUGCACUUCAGAUCCGACUUUCCUAUCGUUAUCUUUUCCCUUUGUCCUGUUGUGCUGUUUACUGUGCUGCAACCUUCGAUCGUACAUAUUUGUCCCCAUUCUUGAUCGAGUAUAUAUUUGUGGAGGAGGAGCCCGAUACAUAUGGGCUGUGCAAGAAGCGAAGAAGGGCCGGCGGCUUGAUAGUGCUGUAAUCAAAUUGAAUUAUUUGUUGCGAUGUGCCAGUCCAAG